AUGGCUAAUACAAGGUUCAUCAGACUUGCAUAUUUCUUAAUUUUUAUAUCACAUAUCGAGUGCCAAGUUGAGACAAAAGAAGGGGUAAAGAUUGAAAUCAUUACCCCAUCUCCCUCCGACUGCAUUGGAAUCAGGAAAGGGGACUGGGUCCAGGUUUUGUUUAACAUGACAUCACAAGAAGGUGACCUCAUAUCUUCGACGUAUCGCGCAGAUAAAAAACCCAUUGCGGAGGAAUACUACUUCGGCGUAAAUGUCACUAAUGGGGUGACUAUAGGAUUAGAGGGAGCUUGCAAGGGGGAGAAAAGACGACUCACCAUGCCAUCAACUCUUAUGUUUGACUUCGAUCAGAGGAAUCCACUCUUUAAUUCCUCUCUUUUCUACGAGGCCUACAUAUUGGACCAUGUCCUUGCAGAGAACAAAUUAGGUCUGUUGGAGUUUUGGGCCGCGGAUUGGAAUUCAGACAAAGUUGUUGAUCUGGAAGAGAUCGAUAUGUCUCUGAAGAGAAACAAGUAUUUGGAAAAAUAUCUCCAAGAGACCAUUGGUGUGGAAAACAUGUCUGAUUGGAUGAUGGACGUGUUUGAUCACAAUGGCGACGAGAUGCUGGAUCGAGAUGAGUUCUUUCACAUGUAUAAAGUAAUUCGUCCCGAUGAAAUGAAUAAAACUAUGAAU